GGAACUUGCCCACAUAUUUGUUUUAGUAUCACAUAAAUGAAUUGAUUACCGAACAAUAAAUAUGUUCUCUCAAGAAACAGAAAAAUGAAAAUAUACUUAUUAUACUCUUAAUCAAAAUUAAAACACAGUAAAUUUAAGUGGUAAAAUAGGUGAGAGUGGAUUACCACCAAAACCUAGUCGAACUUGGUUCUUGUGUCCGGUAGAUAAUUCAGAGCCACCGGUUGAACGUGGACACAAUACCGAAACCAACACAAAUAACUAGAGAUGCAGUUCACCUAUAAUAGCCAGUUCCCGGUUCCCUCACUCCUCUCAGAAACAUCCAAGCCAUUUCUCACCGUUUCAUUAUCUACAAUCCACUAUAAAUACUUGCGCCUACAACUCUCAAAUUUUCUCACAUCCAAAUUUAACCUUUUUGCCCUCCUCGUCCUCCUCCUUCACUAUUUACAGUUGUGCCACUCUGGUUAUGAUAGCUUCCUGUAACCGGCGCCAAUACAAGAACCUUCGUCACUCCUGGCUUCAUUAGAUUCCGGCAAAGAAACAUUUAAAACAUUAAAGAUGCCGAUAAACUCGAAGAACGCUAACCGGAAAGGAACCACCGGAGAAACCGAGAAGACUCGCCGGGGAAAGUUACAGGAGAAAGCGAUGUCGUUUCACGGCAGAGGAACGAUGCCUCAUUCGACUCCAGGAGAGCUUCGAAGACCGAAGACGUUACCGGAGUUAUUCUCAAACGGUCAAACCAUCGUCGAACCGGUUCCUUCUAAACCGCCGCGUCUGACGAAACUACUUCUCAACGUGACGGUUCAAGGGAGUUUAGGAGCUCUGCAGAUUAUAAUCUCGCCGGAAUCCACAGUGAACGAUUUGAUCGAGGCCGCGAUUCGGCUUUAUGUGAAGGAAGCUCGACGACCUUUCUUACCGGAAUCUGAACCAGCCCGGUUUGAUCUCCAUUACUCGCAGUUCAGCCUCGAAAGUAUAGGAAGAGAACAGAAACUGAUCUCGCUUGGGUCAAGGAACUUCUUCUUGUGUGGUCGGAAAGAGAACGGAGGAUUGGUCGGAAGUGGAUCGUCGGAAUCUUGUUCGAAGGAAGCAGAGAAAGUGGCGAAAGCUGGUUUUCACUGGCUCAAAUUCAUGGGUUUCUAGACUUUUUACAAUUUUUAAAAAAUUUAAUUCAAACUUCUAUUUUUUCUUAUUUUUAGGAAAUAAAUAUUGAUUUUAGGAAACUUCGUGUUACCUUCCGAAAGGGCAAAAGAUAGGGAUUGUUUGCUCUAUUAUGGGUCAAACGUUUAAAAUCAGUGUAUAUAUAGUAGUAUUCUAUAUAGAAGAAAUAAUGUCAUUAUCUAGUGGGAUAUAAUGUAUUUUAAUCAAAUUACAUGCCAGUUGCACAAAAAAAAAUCAAAUAAUAUGCCAAUAAUUGUAAUUGGUUUUUUCUUUGUUUUUGUAUCUUUUGUUUGUAAGAAAUGUGGGUCGGACUUUCGGUUUAUGUAAUAACGACUGAAGCCAACCUUAUCCCCAAAGUCAAGACAUUUUUGGGACAACUUCAAACCAAUUAAGUUCCGUGUUGCUCUGAUUCUCCCAGUCUUACGCUCCCUCAUUGAGAUUCUCUCUUCUUAAUCUUUUUUUGUAAUCAGAUUAUGAAUAAUUUAUCUAAAUAAUAGUACAAGUAUUAGAUGACAAGUUGACA